GUGGUAACAAAAUGUCAAAAUUCUAGUUACAGUGCAGAAAAUUGUAGGAGUUACAAAAGUAGAUAAAUUAACAGUUUAAAAAUCUGAUCUUCACAAAUCUUCAACGACGAACGCAGAGAAGCGAAAACAGCAGAUUUCUACAAGAUGACAAAAGUUCUCGAAACGAUCGGCAAAGUUACCCAAAUUAACCUAGUGACACCGCAACGCAGCAAAUACGCAAAGCAGCAAGAUAGCUCGAUUGAUACUUCUCAAUUUGGGCGCGAUAAAUUUAUCUUACUUCCAGCAACUUACAUUUUAAAGACUGACAAGCACAAGAAGCAACACGAUGACUGCUGCUCUAAAAUAGCGCGUCGUUUAUCAUCAAAAAAUAUUGCAUCUUGUCGCGACGAUGACAGAUCAUCUAAGCAGCCAAUGCUUUUUAUCAAAUGCACUCCAGCACCCAAGGGUCCUAGAAUUACUCAGUGUUCGACAAAGAUAAGCAAAGAUAAAACCAAUUACUCUAUUCAUUUAGAAUCACAGUUAAAAAAGGGUAGUGCUUACAAAAUUAGUCGUUCAACCGAUUCCUCUAAGAGUUGUGUUAAAAAACCGAUGAUUCCUUGUAAAGGAGCUCUUUCCAAACGAAAGUCGAAACCGGAAGUGACACCAGGUAAAGCAGAUUUGAAAAUUGAUAUCUUGUUCUCCUCAGAGAUGAAGGAUCCACUUUCUCGUGCAACAUGUAAGGACGGUUUUGAUCCUUUCAAACCGAGUUCCUUGAAGAAACUCUCAAGAGACAAGAAACAAAUAUGUUCAUCCGGUUGUUGUCAGCCAGUUUUGGCAUUAGAUGCAAAGCCUUCACCGAUAGAAAGAUGUACGAUGCAAAAACGUCUCGAUAGUCAACGUCUGCCUUCGAAGCAAAUACUGCGAGCUGAGAUCGUGCAGAUAGAAUCCGCGAAGUCGGACAAAGCAUUACCGUGUCAGAAGUCAGCCCUUAAACGUGCACCUGAAAUUUCCAGGGAUACAUUAGACUUGCCCAGCCUGCAAGAGUUGAUCGCUCGUUACGGAAACGACAUUCCCAUCUAUCAGUUGGAAAAGUACGAGGCUUGUCGUAACAAAAGAAACGGUCUUCAAGACGAAUGUAUUCCACCGCUAUUACGAGCUAUAUUGAAAAGAGAGGAGCAGGAACGCACUUUGGAGAAGUGCAGCAAAGGAGAACAGAGUAGUCAACGGAGCGUAAUUCAAAUAGAAUGGGUGAAUCAAUAAAUCCAAUUAAAUUUUUGUUGUAUGAGUAAUAUUUAAAAUCGAGAGAAUUAAAAAUGAAUUUUAGAAAAAGUAAACAGGAAAGCAAUUAUGUUCGCGAUUGUUGGAAAGCAUUGUUAUAUACAGGGUAUUUGAUAAGUAACGGUAAAUUCGAGGAGAAACUCUCGAAUAGGAGUAGAGCGGACUGAGUUGAAUUAUCGCAAUAAUUAACAAGAUAUCAAUUACUAAAAAUUAUUAAUAUUGGUUU